AUGGAAGAAACAAAAGGAUUAAGGCAUUUUGAGAUACUGGCUAGGUGUUGUCGGCAGAGUAAGCAACAAGGUGGAGUAGCGCUCGUGGGAAAGAAAGAAGGAUUCAUGGGAAAUAAAGAAGGGCCGGGCUUGUGGGAAAGAAAGAAGGCCGGGCUUAUGGUCUGUGUGUUGGUGACGUGGAAAAAAGGGCUUUUGGCGGGUAUAAUUCCAUCGGAGAUAGGUAAUCUUCCACGUCUCGAAAUGCUGAGCAUUCAUAGUGGCUCUCUAGCAGGAACUAUUCCAUCUUCUAUCUUCAACAUUUCUUCUUUGAAAAUUAUUGAUUUCAUAAACAAUAGCCUGUUUGGAAACCUCCCGGUAAACAUCCAUUGUGACUUCCCUGUUCUUGAAGCGCUGUAUCUUUCUUCCUAUUUGCUCACCGGUGAAAUUCCGUCCAACUUAUGGGAAUGUAGAGGGCUCCAAGAAUUAGCAUUGUCAGACAAUAAAUUCACAGGCAAUAUAUCGAAGAAUAUCGAAAACAUUACUUUCCUCAAAGCUCUAUAUCUGGAUGGUAACGGCCUAAAAGGAACAUUACCUAAUGAGAUUGGUAACCUUAAUCUCGAAGGAUUUAGUAUACAUGAGAACAACCUAAGUGGCCUCAUUCCGUCGAAUAUCUUCAAUGUGACAACAAUGAAAAUCUUUGAUUUGAACGACAACCAAUUUUCAGGACAUCUUCCUUCAACCAUGGGAUUUUGGCUUCCUAAUCUUGAAGAGCUUUCUAAUGACCCGACAUUUGGAAAUACUGAGCGUAGCCGGAAAUCAAUUUAA